UUUCAUGUUGAGGUUACUUGAUUCAUUUAUGUUCUUGCUACAUAACUAACCAUCACCAUCAUAACCAACCAUAAUGUAGUAUGUACAUUAACCAUCACAACUUUCUAAAAACAACUCAAAACCUACUAACCAAAAACUGUCUGUUUUUAUGUCUAUUAAAUAAAGACAAUAUUUCAUGUUGUUCAUUCUCUCCCUUGCUUGCUUUAGCUUUAAUACGGCGCCAACAUUUACGUCAAAAAUAAGGUGGAUACAUUGGCUUAAUAUUUACAAACACACAAAAAAAGCUGGGCUAUUUCUACCCAUGGUUGGAUAAACUAUGGACAAACCCAAGAGCUGGGUUUAAAUGAACCUGUGCUAGGUUGGAUUGGGUUAAAUAUGGUCAUUUUUCUAGGUUCAAGGUUGGGUUUGUCUGUUUUUUGGUGUGUGUGUGUAAAUAUUUUGGCCUUACAGAAAAAAUAGGUUUGUAAGAGGCUUCUUGUUAAAGGUCAGAGAUUGCAAACUGGAAAUCUUGUCUGUUCACGGAGAUGGAAGAAAUGCUUCAACGGCGUUAAAGAUAGGCUCUUUUUGAUCAUUUUUAUUGGUUAAAACCCACAGACAAACAGGAGGAAUGACUAAAAUGAUUUAUGAAAAGAAAUACGUUUUACCCAACAGGCCUUUUUGGAUCUCUUUUGACAAAAUAUGUUUCCACUCUUUGAGUUCACUGAAAUGAUGAACUUUUGUUUUGUUAUAAACAUGUCAACAGUCUAUUUCUCUAAUCCACUCCAAUAGCACACAAUAAUAAUUCAACGUUCCUAGCAAAUAUCACCCCCAAAGAGUUACUGCUUACAUUUUUAAAUGCAAAAGUAUGAAUGGCUUCUUAGUAAAUUACAGGAACCCUUCACAAGAUACUUUCAGAAAAACCAAAAUCAAUACAAAUAACCCACUACAUGACGAAUACCGUGUUCUUUUUACCGUAUAAUUGAACACAUCCCAUCACAUAAAUACUAUAGGAGUGGUGACCCUCACGUGAUCAGAUUCAGAGUAUUAGCAGCUGAUGGUCAUUAAGCUCAUUAAGAAACUGUUCACAUGUGAAUGUUUAAAUGAGGUUAGUGCUUAAAGAAAUCCUUCAAUGAACCCACAGCAUAUUGCCAGAAUGCCUUCUUUUGUCAUAUUUGUCUUUUGUAAUCUGGUUGCUUUCUUAGGGGCACAAGCAGCAAUCACUGUGGAUUGUGGUAAAAACUCUGUGACUGUACGAUGGGCGGAAAUGAACCUGCAAGUGGAUCCAUAUUCUCUUCGGUUGGGGGAUUGUCCUCCGUCACAAGUUUCGGUCAAACCUGAGGGGUCAGAGGCUGUUUUCAAUGCUGAAUUUGGGGCCUGUACUAUAAGGAGGCUGGUGACAACAGAUCAAAUUGUAUUUGCGACUGAGAUCACGUCUACCGCACCCUCGAAAGCAUCACCUGUUUAUUACCCAGUUGCCUGUACUUAUAAAAGGCCAAAAGACUGGGCAGCUCCUUUGUAUAAUCCUCUGGUUUUUCAUACACACGGGCAGGGGGAGCUAAACUUCCACAUGGCACUCAUGAGGGAUGACUUUGGCGGUUUGGCCACUUCCACAACGUUCUCGCUCAGCUCAACAAUCCCGAUCGCUGCCUCGGUCGAGCAGCACGCCCAUCAGCCUUUGAUGCUGCUCCUGGAGGAAUGUGUGGCUUCCACAACACCUGAACUGGGUCCAGAUUCUCGUAUUUACCCGCUUAUCACUAAUAAAGGGUGUCUGGUGGACAGUAAAAACACCAACUCGAGAUUUCUGCCAAGGAGCAAAUUGUCUGAGAUCAGAUUAAGUCUUCAAGCGUUUAAGUUUGCCAUUGGAGAAGAUGUCUACAUUCACUGCAAGCUUGUGGCAUGGGACCCUAGAGACAUGGAUGGCGGCAAAAAAGCUUGUCAAUACGAUAAGUUCAACUCAAGAUGGACGUUACUUGACGAUCCCUCUCAAAGUUCUCUAUGUAGCUGCUGUGACACUAACUGUCGAGGGAGGAAGAAAAGAGGUUUAAGAAAUGAACCCUCGGCAUUAAACUCUGUGCUUGGACCAUUGGUUAUUAUUGACAACUGAGCGUGUCUCCUGUUCUCAGUUUAACAAGAUUGGUGCCUCCAAGCCACUGGAGAUGUAAAUCCCAAGGGUGGAGUAUGACCUGUGCCUGUUAAAGUGUUGUGGGAUGAAUAGCAUUUAUAAUGGACAAUAUAAUAAAGAGUAGUG